ACAAAUCAAACGAUUUUUAUAUAUCUAAGCGCUGUGAUGAAAACUGUGCCCAGUUCAUUAGUGUCAAGCAUUGCGCAUUUAAUACACAUAUAAAAGAAAUAAAAAUAGAUAUAUGAUAAAUAUACUUUUUGCUCAGUUUGUGGCACUUUAUGAAGAAGUUGCACUGUGAUUUGUUAAGUGUCAACAGGUGGCUGCGACUUGACUUAAAUUCGCAAAUGCCCCGAGACUUUAGGCCAGUUAAUUCAAAGAACUCAAAGCAUUAUGUUGGACUCGCUACUAAUUUGGCUGCUCUUUAGCCUAGUGUUUAUAUAUCUGGUGAACUCGUAUCGGUACCAGGCGAGAAUCAAUCGACUCACCAGCAAUUGGCCGGGCCCACCUUCACUGCCGAUUAUCGGCCAUCUGCACAUCUUCGCGAGAAUCAUUGGGCCGCGACCGUUUAAGCGCGCCACAGAGCUGAUCAACUGUCAUCUGAAGGAGCAUCGCGGCAAACUCUGGCUGGGCACUAAGCUCUACAUGCUGGACUGCAAUCCCAAGGAUAUUCAGGCGCUUUGCAGCGCACAGCAGCUGCUACAGAAGACCUCGGACUAUCGCGUGUUCGAGAAUUGGCUGUGUGAGGGCGUCUUUACCAGCGGCAUCGAGAAAUGGAUGCACCGUCGCAAGAUAAUCUCGCCUGCUUUUAAUUAUGGCAUGAUCAAGCAGUUUGUGAACAUAUAUGAACGCCAGGCACGCAUCUUGCUGUCUAGACUUGACAAGUUGGCUGACACGAAUCAGCCCGUAGAUUUCUUUCAGCUCGUCAGCUGCUUCACGCUGGACACCAUUUGCGAGACGGCACUGGGUACGACAGUGAACUCGCAGUCUGGUGAAAAGUCGGAAUACUUCAAUGCAGUCAGAGACAUUUUUCACGUAUUUGACUGCCGGCUGAAGAAUUUACUGUACCGCAGUUCACUUAUUUAUCGCUUUACCCCGCUGGCGGCACGCGAAAAGAAAAAUCUCAAGAUACUGCACGGCUUUACGGAGGGCAUUAUCACGGAGCGUUUGGAUCAGAUUAACUCGGAUCUGGCCAAUCGCAAUUGCGUGACAACCAAGAACGUCGAGUCCCAUCAAGGCAAAACCCUCAGUCUUCUGGACACGUUGCUGCUGGCGCGAACACCAGACGGCCAGCCGCUGCAGCUGAAGGAUAUACGCGAAGAAGUGGACACAAUUAUCUUUGGGGGUUUUGAUCUAACGGCCACCGCGCUGAAGUUUUUCAUGUACAACAUGACGUUGCAUAUGGCAUAUCAGCAGCUGUGCCGUGAGGAGAUCUGGCAGGUCUGUGGUCGGAAUACAGAUACGGCCAUAACCAUGGAACAGUUGCGUGAGCUGGAAUACUUGGAAAUGUGCAUCAAGGAGUCCAUGCGCCUGUAUCCCUCAGCGCCUCUAACCGCACGGCGUGCCACCGCCAAUUGUACAAUCAAUGACUUCUUUAUACCAAAAGGCUGCGAUGUGAUCAUCUCCCCUAUGUAUAUGGGCCGUUGCGAGGACUUUUUUCCCGAACCGCUGGCAUUCAAGCCACAGCGCUGGGCCCGUGAUGCGGACCGAACCGUCGAACCGUCCACUUACAUACCCUUCAUGAUGGGCGCUCGCAGCUGUCUUGGUCAGCGUUAUGCCAUGGUCAUGAUGAAACUCGUGCUGGCCCACUUACUGAGAAACUUCAUUUUCGAGCCUGUUGGCGAGCGACAGGAAAAGACGCGACUUAUGUUUGUCAUAACAUUACAUACCAAAAAUCCCUACUACUGCAAAGUUCGAGCUAUUAAGUAAACUAUUGCCAAAUAGGCUAAUAAAGACAUACUUUUGAUAUGGACUA